AAAAAGAAGAAAAAACAGUUGCCAUGUUCUAAAGUAUUAAAUUGUUAAAUAAAGUAACUAUUCAAUAGUAUGAAUGAUAGUUUAGUCCAGAAACAGAGGUCAGUGUAGUGUCUGACAUGGCACACUGAUACCUAUCACACAUCAAGCCUAUAUUAUUAGACUAUUAAUAAUAUAUACAUAGGAGAGAAUUUGAAAGACAAAAUUUAUUUCUACUAAAAGAAGAUAUGUUCAAGUAUACAUCUGCCUCAUUGUGUUUUACACUAACGGAUUUUAAUCAUACAAAUUCUUGUUCAAUACAUAAUGAUACCAGUGACAACUUUAAAGAAAGUGUGCACCGAAUCUUUGCACUUGUUAUCCAAUAUGUCCUGCUUAUAUUCAUCGUAGUUGGCAAUUCUAGCGUAUUAAUAUGGACAGUGAAAAGUGUGCAUAAAUCCCGAUUGAAUAGAUUCUUCAUAAAUCUAGCAAUAGCAGAUUUAUUUGUUGGCUUGGGAAAUCUGAUACCUGAUAUUAUCUGGAAGACAACAGUUGAUUUUUAUGGACCAACGUUUGUGUGUAAAAUAACCAAGUAUUUAAUGAAUACCAGUAUUAUGAGCAGUUCGUAUGCAUUAUUAUCAUUGAGUAUCGAUCGGUGUAUUGCAAUAAAGUGGCCAUUUUCAAGAAUUUAUGACCAAGAUCUUUAUACGAUAACAUUGUGCGGUUUAGGGUGGUUAUUUGCCCUAUUUUUCAAUAUCCCAUCACUGAUUUUCUUCCAAAUAUCCCAGUCACCUCGAUUCGGUGUACAAUGUAGCAUUUCUUGGCCACCUUUAUAUUGGAAGAUCUAUUUAGUGGUUAUGGUCGUACUGAUUUUCUUCAUACCUGUGCUAAUCAUAAUUUUAACUCACGCAAUAAUUAUAAGAACAAUAUGGAACGUUAAAAGUUCUAUACCCCGUAAUAACAUCUAUGCACAAGGAAAUUUCGCGAAUAAUCUAAAUAAUGAAGAUAAGCGUUCAAAAUUAGUUCAAAAUGAUGAUGGAAUAGGAUAUUCUAGAGUAUCAGAGCCUAAUACAGAAGCUAAUAAUCAUUUUCAGCAUAAAAUGAUUCCACGUGGCACAGAUCAAAUGAAGACAAAUGGUCAAGAAUGUCUAUCGAGUAAUAUGCAUGAUGAUACAACUGCAACUAUCCACUGUCAAGAAACAAAAUCACAUUCUAUUUCUGUAACAAAAAAUAAUCAUUCACUGUUUGCCCGGAAUAAACUUGACUGUAAUAGUGUUUUUUCUCGAGCAAAAAUGAAAUCUAUUCAGCUGACUUUUCUAAUUGUUGCAGUUUUCAUUGCCUGCUGGCUACCUUACAUGCUUUGGAAUUUUGUAAUUACUCUCGGUGGUAUUCAAAGGAUGCAACUUUCAUUAAGGUAUACAUCUGUUGUAUUCAAUCAACUAGUACAUUUGAAUGCUGCGGCAAAUCCAAUCGUCUUCUGGUUAUAUCAUGUUCGUCGGUAUAAAAAUCCAAACGCUUUACCAUAUGAAAGAAGACGAAGUGGGGGAAGAAGGCGAAACGGGAGGGGAAUAGGAGGCAUAUCAGCUACUGUAUCUUUAAAAGAAAAAAUGACACCACACUGUGAACGAUGAACGAUGAAUAAGAAUUCUACUGCAUUUUCAACAUUUUGUUCUUUUUUUAGAUAUUUCAGAAGAGAAAAUAAAAACCUUUACAUCAAUCUCAUGAUUUAUUGAAAGUGAAUUCAUCAAUUUUGUACAAUUAGCU